UCUUAGAAAGUGCUCAUCCUUUUGAAGAGAGUCUUGAAGAUCCUCGUAUAGCUUGGAAUUAUUACAAGGUGACAAAAUGGGUUUGUCAUAUAGCUAUUACACAACUCAUAUAGCCUUGUGUCAAAAUACUAACAACCAACUUGAAUCCUCAACAGUCUUUCAGCACACAGAAUCCAACGGUUGAGAGAUCAACAUUCUCAAGUCUCAAUCCUUGAAUUAAUCAAUUGAAAUAAGGUAGGGAUAGAUAAUCACGGCUUAAAUUUAUUGAAACUAUUUAAUGAAUUUAAAUAGGACCGGAGAAUUAAUCGUUCUUGUGACUUUAAGGUGGAAUUUCUAACAACCAAUUUACUAAAAAAGGAAGGUUGAGAGUAUUUUCUUUUCUUCCUUUUCUAUAAUUUUCACACACCUCUUUUAAUAAUAUUUCCAUACUUUCUUUUCCAUUUUUAUCCUUUUCAAUUAUUCUUAUACUUUGUAAUUGUAUGCUUUCACUUUUGCUCUUAUCAUUUAAUUUGCAUAGCCAAUUUUCUAAUCACUCUUCUUAUUCUCAUUUCUCUCUCAAUUAUGUUUCAACAUUUCACUUCUUGCUUUACCUUUCUUCAUAACACCAAAUUACUCUUCAACAAACCAAGAAAACCACGACCCAACAACCGAUUUUCUUCCAUUUCCGACAUAUCAAUCUCUUCUUUUAUUCACAUGGAAGUAUCCGGUCAAUUUCGACAAGUUUUCAAGCUUAUCGACACUAACGACGAUGGAAAGAUUUCAACCACAGAGCUUUGUGAAAUGCUUUCAUCUCUAGGAUACAAUAAGUACACAGCUGCUAAAGAAUCUGAGAAUAUGAUAAAAGCAUUGGACUUCAAUGGAGAUGGAUUUGUAGAUAUUGAUGAGUUCAUGUUUGUCAUGAAAGAAGAUAACUAUGGUAAAGGAAAAGAACAUGAUCAUGAUGAGUACUUAAUGGAUGCUUUUCUCGUGUUUGAUAGUGAUAAAAAUGGAUUAAUAUCACCAAAGGAAUUGAGGAGUGUUUUGGUUAAUCUUGGAUGUGAUAAUUGUAGUUUAAGGGAGUGUAAACGUAUGAUUAAAGGGGUUGAUAGGAAUGGUGAUGGGUUUGUGGAUUUUGAAGAAUUUCGGUCUAUGAUGAACUUAAAAAUUAGAGCAUGAAAAAUGAGGUUUUGUACUUUAAUUUUUUUCUUCCCACUUAAUUACUUCACUCAUUAGUAGUAAUGUGUGUCAUAGUUUACCUUUCUGAUUAAGUUGGUGGAUUUGUUUAGUGGAGAAUACUUGUAAAUUUUGUCCAAAUAGACUAUUUUGUGCAAUAAAUUGUGAUUCUAAAAUGUGUAAGACAUUUUUGCGUCAAAACAUUUUUAAUUUUUUAUUGAAGCAAAUGUGUAAGACGUUA